GAAUCCAUUAACUCGUCCAGAUACGCAAGACCUGGCCUAAUUGCGAUACACCCUGCUUUCACCAUGUUCUAUGAUGGAGAUUUGUCGAGUGCCAUAUCAACGGCUCUCCACGAAAGAAAAGCUGUUCUAUGCUUUGUAUCCGAUAGCGGCUCACAAACCAGCAGGGAAUGGGAAACAGUCUUGAGAGAUCCCUCCAUAUCCCCUGCGGUGUCCUCCCAAACUGUUGCGGUGUUACUCAAUGCGGGUUCUGAAGAAGCCAGCUUCCUCAAUUCAAUCUGCCCAAUCAACAGCACGCCUGCCAUUAUUGUGAUUAAGGAUGCGCGAGUACAAGAAAACCUUCAGUCCGCAGACGUAUCAACCGAACAGUUGAAGCCUCGCUUGUCUUCAGCUUUUGGCAUACAAGAUGGAGGAACGAGGUUGUCCCAGGAACCCGAGCCACAGCAAUCUGAACCAGAAGACGAAUCCACUGAAAACCUCCACCUUGAGUCCGCCUCUAGGGACCCUCCUCCGGCAUAUGCCACUACCUCCUCAGAGUCCCAUCAAUCUAUCCCAUCAAGCCCGUCGGCAAAUCCAGCAGUGCCUGUGCCUGCGGGAGAACAGGUCUACACGCCACAGACUCGUACGACUCCGUCGUCCACCCUUUCAUCUGCGCCGCGAAGACACGCCGAACCUCCAAAUCCAACACUAGUUCCCGCCCACACGCUGCCAUCAUCAGAACCCAGUGCGGAAAUGAGCGAAAAACAAAAAGCCCAAAGGGCAGAAUACAUCAAAAUGCAACGAGAGCGCGAACAGAAACAGCGCGAUGAGCGCGAACGGAUCAAAGCUCAGAUCAAAGCAGACCGGGAGGAGAGGCGGUUGUUGGAUGAGAUGAGAAAGCAAGGGCAAACGCAGGAGACUCCAACUUCUUCAACUCCCUCUUCGUACGCGCGGUCAAGAACAUCAAGAGCGAACGCUCGAGGGGACGUCAGAGUUCAAGUCCGCGCAUUCGACGGAUCAACUCUGCGCAACACAUUCCCUUCCACGUCAACGAUCACGAAAGAAAUUCGUCCCUGGAUUGACUCCGCCAACUCGACCUCUUCAUCCAAUAGGACAAGCGGCGUGCCAUAUAACCUCAAACUCAUCCUGACACCACUUCCCAAUCGCACAAUCGAAGCGGGCGAAGAGGAUACUGAACUCUCGGACCUCGGUAUUGUGGGGAGUUGCACCUUCGUCAUGGUCCCGGUAAAAGGAUAUGUUGACUCAUACGCUUCCGGCGGCAUGGGGCUGGGAGGCGGAUUGCUCGGAGGCGUCGUGACAGGAGGGUACAACCUCGUCAGCGGGACGGCGGGAAUGGUCUUUGGCGGCGUACGAUCACUGCUUGGAUAUGGCUCUGGGAACGCGGAACAGACGAGCGGCGGAAGCGAGAACGCUGGCCAGACUCCCGGCUCUGGUCCCGGAGCUGGCAACAACGUCCGGAUCCGGACACUGGCUGACCAACGCGCGGACGAUGCUACGAAGCGGGACCAGCAAUUUUACAACGGCAACCAGCUCAAUUUCCAGCCCAACGACGAGGACCAGAAGAAAGACUGACCCCGAGGAAAUGGGACUGGGACCUGGGAAAGUCUGUACAGCUUGUAUUUUCACCAGGGUCGGCCGGGAAUGUCUCCCCAUUUUGGACAACAGACCAGGAAGGACAUUGUGAUUACGAUUGCAUCCGAAGGGUCGAUGUAUUGCUAAGAAGCGGUGGUAUUGCGCCCAUGAGUGCAUGGUUCUGGCGCACACAGCGAGGAAUCACGCAAUGAUGCUAUCCCCAAUGACUCAACUUUGAUGCUGAUGGCAAAACCAACUCCUUAUUACUAUUGUAUUCUGCUCCAUCAGGUCCGCUAUUGCACCCGUCUCUGUUCCACAUUCUCAUGUGCCCCCGUUCUUGUUCUGCGUUUGUGUGUAGUCCUGCCUGGGAACGAGCAUGAACGCAUGGGGCCUAGGAACGCUGAGAAGCAAGCGAAAGGGGAUGUUCCUGGUGCUAUAUAGCACGCGUACGGAGGACGUAUACAUAUCCAUACAUAUCCAUCCCAUCCCUCGCUUCUUCAGCGCGCGGGAACAAUCUCCUCAAUCCAAC